AUGAUAUUCACAUUCAAUGACAUUCCCUUUGAAAAAUGGAAUGGCCGACUCGAUGAAUUUCAUGCAUGGAUGACUUCUGAAGCCAUCACAUCACGCCUAGAGCUUGUCAUUCAGCUGUUUACGGCACGACUAUCCGGAGCUUUCAAAGAAUGGUGGAAUUCACUGGGUGAAUACCGACAGCAGGAAGUCUAUCAGACGACUAUUCCAUUACUUUUGGGAGAAAUCCACAGAGAAUUCAUCGUUACAACAGAAGUUCUAGGAUCUUCUGCGCCUGUAAAAGAUCUAAUCAUGGGAUGGGAUACGUACUAUGUGCUAAAGAAGAGAUUCGAUAUCUCACUCGAGCCACGGGGAAUGAAAUGGAAGUCUUUCUACAAAGCCUUCACAACAAUACCUCACAUAUUCUCACUUGAAGAAGCGGCACCUCCCGAAUUCGACAAGAUCAAAGAAGAAAUCACAAUAAUCUCCUGUGCAGAUUCUCAUACUGAUUUCCUUCAGAAGUGCAACAAUCCACUAUGGCUAAAUUUGGAGUUCUUUGUGUCAUUACCUUUCAAAGAAGAUGUUCACACCACUCCGACAAAGGCGAGUCAUGCAGGAAUGCCACACUUCUCCAUCUUUCCUAGUUGUUUCUAA